GUUAUCGCUGGUCGUAUAUUUGAUUCAUGUCAAACGUCCAGUUUCUCUGUCUUGUUUCUUUACGAUCAAGCAGAAAGGUCAGUCAUUAAAGCGUUUACUUGGAAGGUGUUUCUUGAAAAUAUUACCAGGUUUAAAAUGAUGUAAUUAUCCUUGGUACGGAAAUGUUCUCAUUUAAAAAUUGACUCCGCUAUUUUGCGCGAGGCGAACGCAGCACAUUGAUUUAGUAAGAGUUGCUACGCAACGGACCUCCGUGGUGUCGUAGGGCCGCGGUGCAUCGUGGGAACAUACGAGUGAUGCUGAUUCAGGAACGAGGAGGAGGAGGAGGAGAGCGACGCGGCUGCAACAUGGUGCACGAGCGAGAUAGCGAGGAGCUGCAGUGACCCCGAGAGAUACAGAAUGCGCCCGAGCGGAGCUGCCGAUCCCGACACGUGUGAACGGCGACAGGAGCACAGAGUCUGAACGCCGUGCCGAUGGCUGACGAUAUACGCUAAAGUCGAGAUAAAUGGCUCGUUUAAGCUGGGAGCUGCCCGGGUUCUCUCUGGCUGGCCGAUGCAGUGCCUAGCAUCAGCUCUCCAGGAAGACGCAAACAUGAACGGGGCCGGAGAGCAGGCGGAUAUCCUGCCUCCCAACUGUAUGGUCAAGGAUCGAUGGAAAGUGCUGAAGAAAAUUGGUGGCGGCGGGUUCGGCGAGAUUUACGAGGCUCUUGACCUGCUGACACGGGAGAAUGUGGCGCUCAAGGUGGAGUCGGCUCAGCAGCCCAAGCAAGUCCUCAAGAUGGAGGUGGCCGUCCUGAAGAAACUGCAAGGAAAAAAUCAUGUUUGUAAAUUCAUCGGUUGUGGAAGAAACGAGAAGUUCAACUAUGUGGUAAUGCAGCUUCAGGGAAGAAACCUCGCAGACCUCAGGAGGAGCCAGCCCCGCGGGACCUUCACAAUGAGCACAACCCUGCGGCUGGGGAAACAGAUCCUGGAAUCAAUAGAAGCCAUUCACUCUGUCGGGUUCCUGCAUCGCGACAUCAAACCUUCGAACUUCGCAAUGGGGCGGUUACCUUCAACACACAGGAAAUGCUACAUGUUAGACUUCGGCCUUGCAAGACAGUACACCAACACGACUGGAGAAGUGCGACCCCCGAGAACCGUCGCUGGGUUUCGGGGAACGGUUCGCUAUGCCUCAGUGAACGCUCAUAAAAACAAGGAAAUGGGUCGCCAUGACGACUUAUGGUCUUUGUUUUACAUGCUGGUAGAAUUUGCUGUUGGACAGCUGCCAUGGCGCAAGAUAAAGGACAAGGAGCAAGUAGGACAGAUCAAAGAGAGAUACGAUCAUCGUAUGCUGCUCAAGCACAUGCCUUCUGAGUUUCACACCUUUCUGGACCAUGUGCUCAGCCUCGACUACUACACAAAACCCGACUAUCAGCUUUUAAUGUCAGUGUUUGAGAACAGCAUGAAGGAGCGCAUCAUAAUGGAGAACGAGCCCUUUGACUGGGAGAAAGGAGGGGCGGACUCGGUGAUGACCGCCUUUACAUCCACUCCACCUCAGCAGAACACGAGGCAGACAGCCGCCAUGGUGGGGGUGGUGAAUGUGACUCCGGUCCCCGGCGACCUGCAGAGGGAGAACACGGACGAUGUCCUCCAAGAUGAACACCUCAGCGAUCAGGAGAAUGCUCCACCUGUGGUGCCUGGUCGACCUGCUGAAAACCUGGUGGCCCCUGAGGGUGAUGGGUGGGAAGAUACAGAUUUCAACCGCAACAAACUCAGGAUCAGCAUCGGCAAGGCGCAGGGAGCUGCAGAAGACGACCCCAGCCGAGGUGCAUGCCUUAUGUCCCCGGUGCGAGGGGUACCACCGGAGUCCCCAGGCACGCAGGUUCGCUCCCUACGGUACCGCCGUGUCAACAGCCCGGAGUCUGAGCAUCUCUCAGCUGCCGAGGGGAGGGCUGAUGGCUAUGACAAGCGGUCGCGUAUGGACAUGCUGGGCUCUCCCUCCAGACACCUAUACUCCUCCCAGCCUGCCCAGAUGCUCUCUGUGGACACGGCGCAUGGCGACCGGCAGGCCAGUGGACGGAUAGAGGUGUCCGCCUCCGUGGAGCACGAGGCUCUAAGCAACGCCUUCCGCUCUGUGCCUCUUGCUGAGGAAGAGGACUUCGACAGUAAGGAGUGGGUGAUCAUUGAUAAGGAGACAGAGCUGAAGGACUUCCACCCAGGCGCUGAGCCCACCACUUCGGGGACCACGGAUGAGGAGCCAGAGGAGCUGCGGCCCUACGAGGACCCGGAGGAGCGGCGGAGACAUGGCGUCGAGGCUGUGGUGCGGCCCAAGACCCAGGACGGAAGGAUCCGGGCAAUGUUGCCGCUCGCUGAGGAGGAGACAUCUCGCAGGAGCGUCCGGCGACCUUCCACAUCAGAGAGCCGGCAGGAUGGGGCUGGUCCGAGCCCUGCCCACUCGCCCAGCCACUCGCUGCCUUCCACCCGGCCCAAGCGCAGGGAGUCUGAACCAUCUGGACCCCACAGACCAACACUGUCACCCAGAACUUUUGAGCAGAAUGGCCUACCUUUACUGGUGCCUUCUAGUGCGCUUUACGAAGACGCCAGACCCAAGGAUCAGGCCCCCGAGAGAGAAACUUUAAGUGGUCUUCCUGAACCGAGAGUAAAGCGGGUGGACUUUGUCGCCACCGUGUUCCCCAGUGUCCUGGCAGCUCCUUUGGCUGAGCAGAAGGACACGGCCAAGAGUGAUUCAAGCAGCGAAGCAAGCCAGAAGAGCACGGAGCGCAGCCAGGAUGGAGCACCCUCCACUCUCCUGGCAGAUGAUCAGCGGGAGUCCAAGGGCCAGGCAUCCACUGUGGAGCCUGACCUCGAGCUGGAAGAAGGCUCUAGGACUCUUGUCCUUUUCUCUCCUGGAGACAUGAGGAAGUCCUUAGCGACUGGGGACUUGCAGCCAGAUGUAGACCUGGGAACAAUGGCCACGGUCACCCCUCAGACCGAGAAACCUCAGCCCAUUGGGAGCCAGCUGGAUGUCUCUGAGCCUGGUACGCUUUCCUCUGUGCUGCGGUCAGAACCAAAACCCCCAGUCACCACCACAGGUGCGUCCUCUCCGUUCACCAAAGUCGAGCGCACUUUCAUCCACAUCGCAGAGACGUCCCACCUCAACAUGAUGUCUUCCAGUGGCCAGCAGGCGAGGCACAUGGAUCACGAGCUCUUCGAAGUGGCCGAGGAGCCUUCGGCCGGUGAGGAGGAGCGCGAAGAAGUUGUCGGAGAGAAUGGGGAUCUGAGCUGUACGGAAAAGGAAGUGGAGCGAGAUGGGUUUGCGCCUAUAGCCGAGCGGUCCCAAACACCCCCUCAGUGUCUCGCUGAGGGAGCUCAAGUUGAGAAUGGCUUUGAAAUAUCCAUAGAAAAUAAUUUUGUGGCCAAAGAGGAUGAUGUCCCUCUGCUCGUUUCUUUGGUAGCCGAGAUGGUCUCUGCCGAUGGGUUGUCCGCUGUCGCUCCUGAGGUUUUGCUGAAGGCAGAGAGUGAGAAGGUACCGCUGGAGGAGGGCAUGGCUAAGCCUGCAGGGAAGACCAAUGACUUCAGGCCCCCUAAGGCACUGCACAGGAGUCGGAUACCGGUCCUGGUGUCUGAAGAGGACACUGGCUCCGAUCAGUCAGCCUCGCUGUCUUCGAAAGAGCGACUAGGCAGGAGGUCGAAGCAGCAACAGCACCUGGCCCGUUUGAUCAUGGAGAAACGCCAGGGUCGCAUGCUGAGGCUAGGUUCAUCAUCUGUGUCUUCGGGUGAUGAUGGCAAGGCACCCUCCGAGACUCUGUCGGCUACGGGUUCGGAGGAAGACACGCACGACUCGGACCGCUCACCCGCUAGGAAGGCUCUGGGCUCCACGUCCAAAGCUCCAGAUGGAGAGAGGGGAACGGAGCGGCCGCACAGCAGGAUCCCCCGGCCGGUCACGCCCAUAAAAAAGCCCUCGGGCUCCCUGACCUCUGUACCCUCUCCACUGUCUCUCGGGGCACCAAAUGCCCAGAAAUCCCCACCCACAGCUGUAAAUAGGUUCCAAGCUCAGCAAACAGGGAAACCAGGCAUGAAUGUUCAAUACGACCAGAGGUCACCACCGAUGCAAUCAAUGCCCCGUCCUUCCCCCAGCCAGACCCUGUACUGCGGGAGCCCCCGGAUGCCCCCACGUGCUGCAUCCCGAUCCAUCCCCACCACCACUACCCCCUCAGCCACCCGCAGCUUGAGCGCCUCCCCCCGCAGCUACACCGCCGCCUCGCGAACGGACAGCCCCUCUCCCCGCCGUCAGCGCCAGCAGGGCACCACCAUAGAGACGCGGAGACAGCUCGGUCCCCUGCGGGCCACCACGACAGCCCCUUCUAAGCCCCGCCCCUUGGCAGUUGGCCCCACCGAGGACCCUGCUUCCGGGCCUCCUGCUGGUGGAAAGCUUGGAAGGAAGCCCCGGCCGCCCCCGCAGGCCCAGAGCCUCUUGGCCAGGGGCAAAACAGCCACCAGAUAAUAACGCACUCUCUUGACACAUCUGCCAACCGUGAUAAAUUCAUGCUUCUCAAACCUACUUUGGAGUAACGUGUCGCCUCACAGUUACUCUCCCAGGCCAAACAAACUGCUUUCGGUUUGCUUUACCACCUUACGAAACGGUCGAUGCCAGAUCCCGUUCGAGCGACAGCUGUGCAGCUAAGAGGCCUGUCAGUGCACCGACACAUGGCAGCUCCGUUGUGUUGACAAAUAGUCAGAGUUCUCGUAGGGCCCGACAUCCCUCUCAAAUCGCAAGUUAGCAAGACCUCUGCAUGUUUUACUACACAUUGGACAUGCUGCUAGUUACAUACAAAUCCUGAGUGGGUUCAUACAAUCCUUUCUCUUGUAUUACUAAAGAAUAAACGAUAAGGUAUUAAUGUCCCAAUGAUGAGAACAAAAGGUAAAACAUCCUUUCAUCUUUUGGCUGUUUAGGUUGGUAAAUUUCGCUUAGUCUAAAUAAUUUGUCUCUGAUCUUUAUUUGAAGACACAUUGUAUCAUUUUUGAAAGAUAAAUUAUGGAAAGCUUUUGGAAGUGUUGCAGUAUUUAUGUCAAAGAUACCCUUUUGAUGAAAGCCGGUGCGGUUCAUAUUCUCUGAUUUAAGUGUCAUACACUGCGCAAGCCCUGGCUGUUCUUAGACUGCACCGCUAAAUUAUUUGUUUUAAAACCAUGUAGUCAAAGGGGGAGCACAGAUGUACUUUUUAAUUAUCUUGUUUACGGUUAGGAACUAUGAACGUUUGUCAAUUUACAUUUCCUAAAUCCAGUAUGAAGACAUGAUGUAGAACAGAGAUAAUUAGCUGAUUUAAAAUAAGCAUCAUACUGACUGAAUCCAUAUAUUUGAUGCGCAUGUGUCGUUCUUCCAGGUGUCAAGACAUCCUCUGAAAAGGUUUGUUUGGUCUGGGGGAGUGGUGUAGAUACAGGUUUGAGGCGUAGGCAAAGUGUGCCACCAGCAUCGGUUGGUGGGUGGAGCCACAGCAUGGGUGGGGCCAGGGUGUGGGGCCAGGGUGUAGACCCUACGGUUUAUGUACGGGUUCCAACCACUAAGCAGCCAAUGAUGUUUCACUGGCCCGUGACCACUAUGUGAAUGGGCAUGCCUCUUAAGCAAAUGUUUCUUUUCCGUGUUUGAUAAUAGUUUAAGCAAAGUCUGUACAUAUUAUAUACUUAUUUCUUGAAGAAUUAAUCUUUAUUUUUAUCUGGUAAAUCAAUCAAAUCAGAAAAAAGAUAAAUGUUAAAUGUUGCUGUUUAUUUCAGUUUCAGAAAAGGCCUUUUGGUACCAUACAAGCCACAGUGGAGGCAAAGUGUUGGCAGGUGCGGUAUUUCUCAGUGACGGUUUAUCACAACUUUAUGCCUCAUCAUUGACAGUUAAUUAUUCGAGGCUGCGUGUUCAGGUGGUCGAAGCAGUCAGUUGCUGAACAGUGAACGAUAGUUGUGUUAAGUUGGGGGGGGGGUGGUAUAAAUCCGUGGUUUCUGCUUGACAGCUGAGGAUUGGGAGAGGGCUGAAAGUUAUUUACCCUAUCCUGAAGUAGAGGGAGAAAUCCAUCUCCUGCAUCAACAUGAUAACCACUGUUCCCUUUCCUCAGAGUGGUGUGUGUUCCUGCCAGAAACUGCCGCGUGAAGCUCUGUUUAUUCAUCAUUGCUUCAUGAGGGAGCCACUCUGGAAUGGCAGCGUUCUCUCUCAACACCCAACCGAGGCUGAGAUACGAUGGAGCCUUUCCUGCCCUUCUCCUCGGACACUUCCCUGGGCGGUGUGAUGGUGUGAGUGGUGUGUGUGUGUUUGUGGGUACAGGUGUGUUUUUGUGCGCCAGUUACAAUGACUGAUAGUUUUGCACAAGAUGGUCUGCAACUUUAUAUAUAUAUCAUUAAUUAUGAUUUUUAGCUAGCUUUCUGAUCACUGCUUGUUUUCCAGUGUCACUGGGCACAUUAGAGUCUGACUUUUUUUCUGCGUAUUUGCAGUGGACAAUCGUUUAGAGCAGGGGUGUCCAACGUGCAGCCCGAAGGCAUUUCCUCAGUUGUGGCCCAUAAGAACAUUUGCAAAUGAUUAAUACACUAUGGCACCUGGGCUUUCAAUUAGUACAGUACUGGUAAAGAGGGGGUAGCUGGUAGCGUAUUGGUUAGAGCAGUUUUUGGAUCCAAAGGUCACAGGUUUGA